AAACUUCUCUGUCAAAAAGCUUCAUCGGUCUCUCUCGCCAGAAACAUUUUGACGUUGAUGAGCUGACUCUGUAAUGUCGACUUUCAUUUUUCCUCGCUCACCAGUUAAUAAAAGCUCUUCUUUUUGAUACAAUUAAAUUUUAUACAACACGAACUCGAUCAGAUUCCACUCUUUCUCUCUCUCUCUCUCUCUGUUUUUCCUUUCCUUUUUUUUGAAAAUUCCGACCUUAUAUCACGCGUAGAACACCCUUUAGUUCGAAAAUUUUCCAUAUACGCUCUUUCUCUUCUUUUAAGAAUGAAGUAUACAGAAUUCUGAAUACCCAUCAGAGGAUAGGCCGUAAAUUUGAAAUUACCUCUGUCUGGGGGAACUAUAUGAAUGGAAUUGGAUAGCAUCGAAAUCGUGCCAUCCUCAGAUUUGACAGACGAGGAUGAGAUCCAUCACCACCAUGUUCAAUUCCCUUCAGUUCCUAAGCCUCAAAGUAAUAACAACAUCAUCACCAAUAGUAAUAGUGUUUCCUCAGCGAUUCAAUCCAUCAGUGUCCAUGAGCUACUCGAAUGCCCCGUUUGCACCAAUUCUAUGUACCCUCCAAUUCAUCAGUGCCACAAUGGGCAUACUCUUUGUUCAACUUGUAAAACAAGGGUGCAUAACCGAUGCCCCACUUGUAGACAAGAACUUGGUGACAUUAGAUGCCUUGCAUUGGAGAAAGUAGCGGAAUCACUUGAACUGCCUUGCAAAUACAUGUCACUUGGAUGCCCAGAGAUUUUUCCUUACUACAGUAAACUCAAACAUGAAGCUCUAUGUAACUUCAGGCCGUACAACUGUCCAUAUGCUGGUUCUGAAUGUGCUGUUGUUGGGGAUAUUCCAUUCCUUGUUGCUCAUCUGAGGGAUGAUCACAAAGUAGACAUGCAUUCUGGAUGCACUUUCAACCAUCGCUAUGUCAAGUCUAAUCCCCGGGAAGUGGAAAAUGCAACAUGGAUGUUAACUGUUUUCCAUUGUUUUGGCCAGUAUUUUUGUCUGCAUUUUGAAGCUUUCCAGCUUGGAAUGGCACCUGUGUAUAUGGCAUUCCUUCGUUUUAUGGGAGAUGAGACAGAAGCCCGUAACUACAGCUACAGCCUGGAGGUUGGGGGAAAUGGCCGGAAACUCAUUUGGGAAGGUACCCCACGAAGUGUUAGAGAUAGCCACAGGAAGGUUAGGGAUAGCCAUGAUGGCCUCAUCAUACAGAGGAAUAUGGCUCUUUUCUUCUCUGGAGGGGAUAGGAAAGAGUUAAAGCUGAGAGUGACCGGGCGAAUAUGGAAAGAACAGCAGAACCCAGAUGGUGGGGCAUGCAUACCAAAUAUCUGCAGUUAGGGUGGUUGGUGAGUGCUGUGUCUCCCGUGCUUGCUUUUGUAAUAUUGAAGUGUUCAGAUAUCUUGAAAUGCAUGUGUGGAUAGUGGAAGCCUGAGCUAUAUGAAUUGUGAAUAAGCUAUCUGAAGGCUGUGGUGUGAAUUUUUCCAAUUUACCACCUGCGUGAAGUGUAUGGUGUGAUUGCUAUUGUAUUCUUCAACUUCAAUGUUACUGCUAUCAAUGGCCGGAUCAGUUGUUUUUU